AUGCAGGGGGCGGCGCUGCCUCUCGGCGUCUCGGUCCCUCCGUCCUUCUCUCGCUCCGGCGCCCGGAGUCGCCGCCCCAGCCGGCGGCGCAAGCGAGCAGCGAGCAGCAAGCGGAGCCUCCCGGAGGCGGCGAUGAGGCGGGAUGCUGUGGGCGAGGGUGGAGCUGGGGUCAAGGGUGUCAAGGUGCUGGGAGACCAGCAGGCGGUGUCCAAGGACCGGAGAGGGACAGGGAAAGGGGCUGACAGCUUGAGCCCUGGGCCCUGGACCCAGGACCCUGCCCAGAGCAGCCUCGGGGCCUGA